UAUUAUUAUUCCGAUUCCCUUCACCCAUCCAUACCACAUACACACACACACUCUCUCUCUCUCUUUUCUCUUGCGCGUCUCUACAAUCGAUCUCAUCACACUCAAAACAAAAGCCUAGUGUCAAUCCUAUCCAACAGAGAGUCGCCAUUGAGAAUAGAACACACCUCUCCACCCGCCAUCUCCCCCAAAUCUUUCACCACCCAUAAACAUGUCGGUUGUCUCCCUACUCGGAGUCAAGGUGUUGAACAAUCCUGCACCCUUCACAUCUCCUUAUGAAUUUGAGAUCACUUUUGAGUGUCUGGAACAACUGCGUGAAGAUCUCGAGUGGAAACUUACUUAUGUUGGCUCUGCGACCUCGGCCGAGCACGACCAGGAACUCGAUUCCCUCCUUGUAGGCCCAAUUCCAAUUGGCGUCAACAAGUUUAUCUUCGAAGCCGACCCACCCAACCUUUCUCGCCUCCCCUCGUCAGAGAUCCUCGGUGUCACCGUCAUCCUCCUCACUUGUUCCUACGAUGGGCGCGAAUUUGUGCGUGUCGGCUACUAUGUCAACAACGAGUAUGACAACGAGGAGAUGAACAAUGAGCCUCCCACCAAACCCGUCAUCGAAAGAAUUCGACGCAAUGUCCUUGCGGAGAAACCAAGAGUGACCAGGUUUGCCAUUAAAUGGGAUUCUGAAGAAUCAGCUCCGGCCGAAUAUCCACCAGACCAGCCUGAAGCCGACACCUUGGAUGACGACGAGACAAACUAUGGCGCCGAAGAAGCUGACAUGCAAGCCGCUCUUGAACGAGAACUCGAAGAAACCGAAAAUGGUCUCCAAACAGCGCAACGAGGGGACAAAGAAAUCGCUGAGGUGGGAGAUGCCGCCACUAAACCCCAAAAGGAUGACGACGACGGCGAAGCCGACGCAAGUGGUGAUGAAAGUGAGGACCUUGAGGAAGAGUCUAGCGAGUCGGAGGACGACGAGGAAGACGAAGAGGGUGGCGACGCUGAAGACACUGAGAUGGCUGAUGUCGAUGACAAGGAGGAGAAACCCACGUCAACAUCGGAGCAGAGCAACGGCAACCAUCAGGAGGAUCAAAACGCUAAUGGCGUGCCCAAACAGCAAUUGACUGUGCAUUAAAUCAGACGGCCGACCCCUUGAGCAUCCAGUAUCCACGGGCGAGGCGUCUGGAGUUCUCCUUUCAAAAUGAUCGGGGGAAAUUGGGACCGAGUGUUUUGUGAAUUGGCUCAGGUUUCGGUCGAGACUUGGUAAUAGCGCUGUAUAGAGUAGACAUGAUUGAUGAUUGCCAUUGACUGGAACAGAAGAGAGUAGGGAAUUGAUUUCUCACGAUUACACAUGAAUACAAUAUUCAUCAGAACG